AUGUUAUAUCCUCUAGUCGAAUCGUCAUUGCCGGAUGAUACAUUAAGAGCAUGGCAAAGAUUCCGAGUUAUUAAUCGCAGUCAGAGAGAAUCUGAAAGUAGUGAGCAAAAAGAGAAAAAUGCGUCAACACAUCGCAUGGAUUUAGAUGGUUUGCUUUCAUUUUUGCUCGAUGAAAUUGAAGGUGAAGAGAGAGUAUCUAUAGCUACUCAGUGCUUUACUAAAUAUCAGACACCUAAGCCUGGGAAUGCUAAACACUUUGGUUUCAAAAACCGUGGAGAAUUUUCCAAAACACCUUCUGCUUCUACUCUAAUAGCAACAUCUGAACAAAAUUCAACUGGAUGUAUUUUUUGUGCUGGAAAUCAUGCAUCUGGUGAUUGCGUUAAAGCAAGAAAGAUGACGUCUGAGGAAAGGCAAAAAGCAGUUCUAAAUAGUCGCAGUUGCUUUUUAUGUUUAGACAGAAAACAUGUAAUAGCUAAAUGUAAAAAACGAACAUCGUGUGUGAUUUGUGGGAAGAAACACCACAUACUUUUAUGUAGAAAUAUCCAAGCUGAAUCAAAAUCUCCAGUUCCUGUUAGCACGAAUAAGGAUGAAAAUACGGAUGCAGUACCUGAACGAGAUGAAACCCUCGCCAAUUUGGCGAGAACAACAAAUGUGUUUUUGCAAACUUUAACGGUUACAUUGAAAGGGCGAGAUAGAAAGCGCCAGGCCCGUGCUAUUAUCGAUUCAGCUUCACAGAGAUCUUAUAUUUUAAAAAGCACUGCAGAUGAAAUGAAAUUUGAGAUGUUCUUGUCUAAAACGGAUGGAACUUAUCAUUGUAACUUCAAAGCUCUUAGCCAAGAUAUUAUUUGUGGAAGUAUACCACCAGUUGCUAAUGGCGAGUGGAUUCAAGAGCUUAAAGAGAACAAUAUAUCCGUAUGCGACGAUAGUAAUGGACCAAUAGAAAUACUUAUUGGCGCUGACAUUGCAGGCAAGUUGAUGACCGGAGGAUUUAAAUUGCUUACUUCAGGCCUUGCUGCUAUAGAAACAAAACUUGGUUGGACUCUUUUCGGGAAAAAUGGUAUGCGUGAGAUCUCGGACAAUUCCGCACUGCUCGUCACAUCCAUGUUGAAUAAGGAAAUAUUGAUAUCCGAUCUAUGGUCUCUAGAUUCACUUGGAAUUCUAGAUCCAUCAGAGAAGAAAAGUAAACUGGAACUUCAAGAAGAAGCAAGAGAUCAUUUCUUGUCUACUGUAAAGGUGAACGAAGAGGGGCGUUUUCAAGUCAGCUUGCCAUGGCUUGAUAACCAUCUACCGUUAAAAGAUAACUAUGACUUAGCUGUAAAGAGAUUAGCUUCUACAGUAAAACGACUAAAAGCUGAGAAACUUUAUGAUGCUUAUGGAGAAGUUUUUAGUGAAUGGGAACAAGAAGGCAUCAUAGAAGAAGUACCAAAAAGCGAAAUUGAUGUAACAUGCCAUUAUCUACCACAUCGACACGUAGUAAAAGAAAACAGUACUACACGAAUCAGGCCAGUGUUUGAUGCCUCGGCCAAACAAAAAGGAUCCCCUAGUCUCAAUGAUUGUCUAGAAAAAGGUCAGAACCUUAUCGAACUGAUUCCUUCAAUUCUUCAUAGAUUCCGAAUGAACAGAAUAGGAGUUUCUGCAGAUAUACGAAAAGCAUUCUUACAAAUAAGUCUCAACCCUAAGGAUAAAGACUAUCUAAGAUUCUUAUGGUAUAGAACUGAUGGAAAACUGAAGUAUUACAGGCAUUGUAGGGUAGUAUUUGGAGUUACAAGCAGCCCUUUCUUGCUAGUUUCUGUAAUUCACCAUCUUCUAGAAUCCACUUUGAAACAACUAAAUGGAAACCCAAAGAAUAUAGCUUGCCCCGUAACUCUUGUGCCGAAACUUUUACUUCAGCACCUAUGGGAAGUUAAGUUAUCUUGGGACCAAGAAGUUGAUUCAAAUUCAAAAUCACAAUUUUGUAAAUGGUUGAAUGAUUUGCAGUGUCUGGAAAGAAUGAGAAUACCAAGAUGGUUAAACUGUGAUCGUGAGAUUGAAAAUAUCUCACUUCAUUUCUUCAGUGAUGCGAGUAAACUUGCAUAUUCAGCUGUGGCCUUUGUUCGAGUACAAACAAGAGAUUCGGUUCAAGUUCAUUUGGUGCAAGCUAAAGCGAGAGUUGCACCCAGCGGAAGGAAAAAGACAACAAUAGCUCGAUUGGAACUUCUUGGAGCUACAAUAUGUGCACGUUUAGCAUCCAGCAUAAUACCUGAAUUUCAAGCUGAUGAUAUUUAUUUUUGGACAGAUUCGUCUACUGUGCUAGCUUGGAUACAGAGAAAUGAAGUAUGGGACGUAUUUGUUCACAACAGAAUUAAGGAAAUAAAGCAACUGACUUCUAUUGAAUCCUUGGAGGCACGUACCAGGAUCACUGAAUCCUGCUGA